GUCGAAGCGAAAACAAUUGCAUAAUUUUCGGGCCGAAAAUAAUGGCCCUACUGCACUACACAUACGAGGAGUUGCAAUAUUAUUUGAAAUAUAUAGUAAAUAAGAAUACAACAUCAACGGAGAAUUAUGCAAAUGACGUCACAUAUCCGGGCAUAUUGAUAUCCGAUCUGAGUCAGAUAAACAUCAAGAAGCGUAGCAUUUUCAUGGGCAUAGUGGGCGCCUUGUUCCUCUUGGCAUUCUUGGGUAAUCUGAGUACCCUCUAUGUGAAUUCACGUCGGAAGCUGCGUCCAUUUUUCCGAGCCUGUCUGAUAUCCUUGGCCUGCAGUGAUUUAAUGUCAUGUGUGUUCAGUACCAUUGCCUAUAUAGCCCAGUUUAAGGCAGAGUAUUUGCAAUUAUGGACUCUGGGCGAUUUCAUGUGCAAAUUCGUGCCGUUUAUCACCACGGCAGCUGUACUGGCCAGUAGCCUGACCCUUGUGGCCAUUGCUUUCGAUCGGUAUAUGGCCAUUAUGAGAGCCGUUUUGGGUUUCUGGAAUCCAGAUGUCCGCAUUUGUGUCAUCUGCAUGGCUGGCAUUUGGUUGGCAUCAAUGGGGACUUCUGGUCCCUUGUUUACCAUCUACGAUCUGGAUAAGAUUUACCUACUGGAAUUGGAUGAACCGCAACUGCAAUCGAACCAGGGGGAGGGAACUACAACCGCAAUGCCAACUACCGAGGAUUUGCUGGUCACUGAGUUGGAACUUGUCAGCAUGUGUAUAACUGGCGAUCAUGAUGUUGGCCUUUACUACGUCAUAUUGUUUGGUUUAAUAUUUCUGCCGUGCAUUGUGGCCUUUAUUUGGCUGAAUACCAUAAUAGCCCGUCAAUUGUGGCUAAGGCGUCAUUAUCAUCAUCAUCAGCAGCAACCAGAACAGGAGCAGGACCAGGUCGAAGCUCGUGUCAAGAUGAACAAUGUGGAACUCCUAAUGCCCAGCGCCAUGAUGAGUGCUCUGAGUGUGGCGGCCCCUUUUAAUCUUGAUAAAAUGGGCACUACAUUGCCUCCACCUCCCCCACCAAAGCCAACUGUUUCCUCCACACCGCCAACUGUGGGAGCAGCUGCCUUGGCCCGAGAGCAAAGACAUCGACGUAUGGUUCUCGUGGUCCUCCUCAUGAUGGCUGUCUUCAUUUGCCUUCGUUUGCCAGCUUGGAUCUUUCUGAUUAUGCGUCUGUAUGGCUCGUUCUCCACACCAGUCGAUUGGUUGCUCUACUUCAGUUUUGGGAUCCUAAAUUUAACAAGCUGCGCAUUGAAUCCUGUGUUUUACACCUUUCUCACUCAAACCAUUCGCACACUGUCGUACUUUAAGCAAAAGAUACGCAAUUGGACCUGUUGUGGGGGGAAGGGUUUGCAGGACGAGGCCAUGCCAACGGAACCGACUGAUCCUGGCAAAAAGUGGGGAUUCGGUGUGUGUUGCGGUCUAAGACACAUAACCAUCACUUGGCGGUGUUAUCCAGAUCAUAAUCUAGCCAAGGCAACAUCCACAGAGAUUCCCAAUGAUGCAAUGCCUCAGCAGCCCUCCGGUCAAAUUCAAGGUGAUCCCAGUAGCCUGCAGUUCUUUUAUAAUUUGAAGCAUGACAUAUACGCCAUCUACAAUCAGAAUGAAAGUUCACUCAGUGCGUCAAUUGAGUCCUCUGUCUGAUCAUCGUUAUUAUCAUCAUCAAUCAUUGAACCCGAUCGCCUGAUACGGUAAUUAUAAAUUGAUUAAUAAUGGUGGGCCCCACACACACACACACACAAAAAAAAACUGAAACUGAAACUGAAACUG